ACCGAUCUAACAGACCUGGAGCCAGCGAGACUCAGAGGAAAGGACUUAAUCAGGUUUAUGUGUACUAAAGGUAGGAGUAGCAAUAGAUUAGAUACAGCAUCUUUCUGUUUUGGUGUGUUGUUUAUUGAAUUUCAGGAAAAAUCACAUUACUUUUCUAACCAAGUUUGGAGGUAAUAUAUGAAAUUGAGUAUUAAGCAGAUAAGUGGACUUGGUCAAAAAGGCUGGGGCUGCAGUUUGAGAGUAUCGGUUUGAUGCACAUGGAUAGAAUUAACUUUAAUGCGUAUCGUGAGAAGAAAAUUUCUGGUUUUAGGACGCGAUGAGAGCAACUUGGUUCUCGAUUUCUGAGACCAAAGCCGAAACGCAUUCGGAGGCGAGCUAACGGGAGUUCUGCUUUAUGCUUUUGUGCUGCAUCUUUGGGUUGACUCGAUGGGGAUUUGGGGUGAAAUAGGCACGAGCGUGCUUUUAAAAAGGACCGUUGUGGCUGAACCGUGUUUGUUGUGGAGGCUCUCACUGCGCUUGGUGGUUAAAUAGCCAGCAGCCCGGAACUGUGGGAGCAUACAGCUGGAGUGCUUCUGAAAGAUAGAAAUCACUUAUGUGUUUAGAAACUUUUGUACCUGGGAGAAUAGCCUGACUGGUUUCCUCUUUUCUUUCUCGCCUGUAGCAUUUGCAAUCUUUUAUUCCGGCGUAACAAUAAUUAUUUGAAGGAGUUUUUGUAUUUGCGACUAAUUUAGAACUUGUAGAUUUGAGCUGCCUGAAUUGGCCAGACAGCUGUAAUCGCACUCCUCUAUUCUUAAUCUCUUUAUCUGGGCAGCAGCUGCCAUAUGGCCACAGUCAGCUGGAUCAGAUGUUUAUAAGCUUCCUUCUUCGUCCCUCUCUGUCCUUUCAGCCUCCUAAUUUGAUCACAGCUACCUUGUGAGCUGCCCUCCAAUCUUUAUUUUUAGCCCUCUUAAGGAUUAGGAUUGAUGUUGGCUGUGGGGCACUUAAAGUGAUUGUAUUGUAAAUCUUCGUGCUUUACUCUAGCGGUGGUAUUUUACAGAAUAUAGCCGGGGUUGUGCUGUAAGUUUCAGCACAUCUCGCUUUGCCGGGGAUGGGCAUUUUUCAGCAAUAUCUGCCAGCCCAGGGAGCCACGGUCUGUUUGGAUGGUUUGGAAGAGCGUUGCCAGCAGUCACAGAAGAAUAGGUUGAGACAGGCUUUUAGGAGAUUUUACUUUCUGUUUGAAUUCUGACUUCUCUACUUCUUUAAAGUUUGGCUCGUUGGGUUUUUUGUGUGUGUGUGUUGGGUUUUUUUUUGUUUGUUUUUUUGGUUUUUGUUUUGGUUUUGGUUUUUGGUGUUUUUUUUUGUUUUUUGUUUUUUUUGUAUCAUCAGACAGGGUGAAUAGAAAAAGCCUUGGGUUAUGAAGACAGCAUGGAGUUUCCUGACCACAGUAGACAUUUGCUACAGUGUCUGAGUGAGCAGAGACAUCAGGGGUUUCUUUGUGAUUGCACUGUUCUGGUAGGAGAUGCCCAGUUCCGAGCGCACAGAGCUGUACUGGCUUCAUGCAGCAUGUAUUUCCACCUCUUUUACAAGGACCAGCUGGACAAAAGAGACAUUGUUCAUCUGAACAGCGACAUUGUUACAGCCCCAGCUUUCGCUCUCCUGCUUGAAUUCAUGUACGAAGGAAAACUCCAGUUCAAAGACUUGCCCAUUGAAGACGUGCUAGCAGCUGCCAGUUAUCUCCACAUGUAUGACAUUGUCAAAGUCUGCAAAAAGAAGCUGAAAGAGAAAGCAACCACGGAGGCAGACAGCACAAAAAAGGAGGAAGACGCCUCAAGUUGUUCAGACAAAGUGGAAAGCCUCUCCGACGGCAGCAGCCACAUGCCAGGAGACUUGCCCAGCGAUGAAGACGAAGGAGAAGAUGAAAAAUUGAACAUCCUGCCUAGCAAAAGAGACUUGGCGGCCGAGCCUGGGAACAUGUGGAUGAGAUUGCCCUCAGACUCAGCAGGCAUUCCCCAGACUGGCGGAGAGGCAGAGACACACGCAACAGCAGCUGGAAAAACAGUAGCCAGCCCCUGCAGUUCAACAGAGUCUUUGUCCCAGAGGUCUGUCACCUCCGUGAGGGAUUCAGCAGAUGUUGACUGCGUGCUGGACCUGUCUGUCAAGUCCAGCCUUUCAGGAGUUGAAAAUUUGAACAGUUCUUAUUUCUCUUCGCAGGACAUGCUUAGAAGCAGCCUGGUUCAGGUGAAGGUGGAGAAAGAGGCUUCCUGUGAUGAGAGUGAUGUUGGCACUAAUGACUAUGAUAUGGAACAUAGCACUGUGAAAGAAAGUGUGAGCACUAAUAACAGGGUACCGUACGAGCCGGCCCAUCUGGCUCCGAUGAGGGAAGAUUCGGUCUUGAGGGAGCUAGAUAGAGAGGACAAGGCAAGUGAUGACGAAAUGAUAACUCCAGAGAACGAGCGAGUCCAGGUGGAAGGAAACAUGGACAGCAGCUUGCUCCCUUACGUGUCAAACAUACUUAGCCCCGCUGGCCAAAUUUUUAUGUGUCCUCUGUGCAACAAAGUCUUUCCCAGUCCCCACAUUCUGCAGAUCCAUUUAAGCACGCACUUUCGAGAGCAGGACGGGAUCCGCAGCAAGCCUGCUACCGAUGUCAAUGUCCCCACCUGCUCGCUGUGUGGUAAGACUUUUUCUUGCAUGUACACCUUGAAACGUCACGAGAGGACUCAUUCAGGUGAAAAGCCCUACACUUGCACCCAGUGUGGGAAGAGCUUCCAGUACUCCCACAACCUGAGCCGCCACGCAGUGGUUCACACGCGGGAGAAGCCACACGCUUGUAAGUGGUGUGAGCGCAGGUUCACGCAGUCCGGAGACCUUUACAGACACAUUCGGAAGUUUCACUGUGAGUUGGUGAACUCAUUGUCUGUCAAAAGCGAAGCACUGAGCUUACCUACUGUCAGAGACUGGACCUUAGAAGAUAGCUCACAAGAACUUUGGAAAUAAAAUUUUUAUAUAUAUAAAUAAUAUAUAUAUAAAUCUAUAUAGUUGUGGUACAGUCUAAAAGCAAUCUUGUUUCCUUGAACUGAAAGUUUGGCUAUUAGCUUGUUUUUGCACUUUAAGGCAGCAUGAAUAUUUCACUAAUUUAGCACUCUGAUAAAACGGAACUUUAGAGAUAACAUGGCGAAGUAAUAAGCAUCGGAGCGUAUUUUUUCCCCUUGUUUUGGACUAGAAGCCAGCGGAUACUGUAAUUUUAAAGAAUCUCCAAUUUGAAAAUGUUGACAUGGCUUUGUUCUCCCCAGAACGCUGCGUUAUUUUGAGCUCUAGAUAAUUUUCCUUUCAAAAUCUGAAUGUAGAAAUCCUUUCCCAAUCGUAUCAGUUCCUUUACAUUUUUUUCUAAUUGCAUGAGUCCUUUCUAGCUGUUGGAAACCUGAAUGCUUUUAGACCCAAAUGGAAAAUUUCUGAAAUGCUGGAUUAUCUAUUUUUAAACAAGCGGUUGACUUAAAACUUAUUAUGGCAACUUCUGGAUUUCUGACAGUUCCCACUGGAAAAAAACAAAACAAAACAAAACAAAAAAACCAACAACAACAAAAAAAAAAAACCACAAAACAAAAACCCUGAGAGUACACUGGGAUCACUGGGACUCUGUCUUAUGUGAAGGUUUGCUUGGGAUGAAAAAGGAUAUUGCAGCUUCAGCAGUGAUGAACUGUGUGUUUAAAAAAUGUGAAUUACUGUUAUUGUAUACUGUAAUUGAUUACAUGGGCCGGGGGGAGGUAUCAAAGAACUUGGCAGGUUGUGUUGAUGCUCUUAGUUGAGUCUUGAAAAGUAAAUAUUAACGCUACAGAAAUGCAUGAGUUUCAGUAUAUUUUUGUCUUUGUUUGCAUUGUAUAACUUUAAUGAGUGAGUUUAAAAUUAUUUAAUUUCCUUAGGAAAAAGCACCGUUGAAAAUGCCGGUGUUAUGAAGAACGUAAAUGCACUGUUUUUAUUUUAUAUAAUUUAAAUUUUCCUUCCCACUGUCUUUCAGUUGAGAAAAACUUAAGCUACGAGUUGACAAUUUAGCUACGUAACAAGGAAAAUAUGAAUGUUUACAAACAGGCUUAAAGAUUUGCAUGUGCAGUGUGCAUUCAUUAAAAGAAAACCUUCUAAUUGCACAAACCCCACGCCAGCUCCAACUUUAGGUGCAUACAUUUACCCAGAUGAGCAUUUUUAGGAUUCCUGCUGUACACAUCCACAAUAGGUCAUUCUUUUUCCCCCCUUGAAAAGGGUCUGUGGACUGAAAAAGCCCCGGGCUGAAAGGACUGGAAAGCCCUGAUUGACGGGGGAGGGGGGGGGGGCCGGGGGAGGGUAGAGGGCUCUGUGUAUCCAAGCAGCAGAGACUGCAGCCUGACGUGUGGUUUUAAUGACCAACACGCAGGUCAAAAGCAUUUUGCACAGUGUUUGUUUUCCUGUCUUGCACUUACAAAUAAGGUCUAUGGGAGUAGCAUGGAAAACGUUUGCUGUUUUUCCUUUUUUUUUUCUGCUUUUGUUUAAAAUUUGAUCGCCUUAACUACUGUAAACAUAGCCUAUUUUUGUGCUUAAGAUACUGAAUGGAAAACUCCAUUGUGUAUUGCUGGACUGUUUUGGAAAUAUUUGGUCAAAUGUGUGUUAAUUUGGCUGUAAUGGCAUUUAAAACAAAACAAAAAAAAAGCUGUGAAAAUGGCCUUGGAGCGUUAUCUUUAGUUACUUGAAUAGUUUCUAGGUUUAAAAAUACAUUCUUUUAUUAAUUUAGAGAAGACAAUCAGUGUCUGAGAAAAAAAAAAUGGACUUUCUCUUGGAUUUUUUUGUGGUCCUUGUGAGUGAUUGCUUUUUUCCUUUUAUUAGUUUCACAUUCUUCUUUUGUUCUAAAACUUAGACUGACAUCUAGCUUUGACAAUCAUAGUAUGUUUUAUUUUCCUGAGGGGGGAAUAACUUAUAAUGCUGUUUAGUUUUGUACUAUUGGUGUGUUGGUGAAUUUUUAAACUGUGUGCUAACUGCAAUAAAUUAUAUGAACUGAGAAAUCAA